ACUCCAGGAAAGUCCAGCAGUGCCCUGAAUGUUUCUGCAGUCCUUACGAGGAUCACCUUGCUCAGGCACUUUGUUUAGCAGAGUAACAGGCUCAUUUCUCUCAAUAACAACGUCAACAAAUGGGAGAAAGCAGGAACCGAGUCUGUACUUGCCUACUGCUAUCAGAAAAGAGCAGACUUAAUUAAGAAAAUGGACUGCAUUUCAAGGAAAUAUUGUCCACAACCAAUUGACUGCAUCAGAUGGAGAAUCAGGGCUGUCCCUCCUGUCUGCGACCUCCUGAGUGUCUUGAAAAAGGAGGAAGAAAACUGUGCUGAGAUUUUGUCCCUGGAGGCAAGGAACAGGACACCUGAAAACGAUCUCCUAAGCUCAGGUGAAGGCAGAUGUGCUGGGAUGUGGGAUAACAUGAGCUGCUGGCCUUCGUCUGCUGUGGGAUACACUGUCAGUGCUCACUGCCCCAAAUUCUUCCAGAUGCUGACUGGGAAACAAGGUUUUGUCUAUCGAAACUGCACCAGCGAAGGUUGGUCCCAUCCAUAUCCAAGACCAGAUAUUGCUUGUGGCUACAAUGUCAAUGACACAACAAAUGAGGCGAGACGUUCCUAUUUCAUGACUCUGAAGACCAUGUACACCGUUGGGUACUGCACCUCCCUGGUGACGCUGACAAUUGCCUUGGUGGUCCUGGCCUCUUUAAGGAGACUUCGCUGUACGAGGAACUACAUCCACAUGCAUCUCUUCACAUCGUUCAUUUUGCGAGCCUCAUCAAAUUUCAUCAAAGAUAAUGUUUUGUUUUCCUCUGAAGACACAAACUACUGUGAGGCAUACACGGCUGGCUGUAAGCUUACCAUGGUCUUCUUUCAGUACUGCAUCAUGUCUAACUACAGCUGGCUCCUUGUGGAGGGACUUUACCUCCACUCUCUCCUGGUCAUUUCCUUCUUCUCAGAAAAGAAGUUCCUUUGGUGGUUCAUCACCCUUGGAUGGGGUGCCCCAACUGUCUUUGUUGCUGCUUGGGCGACCGCAAGACAGCUCAGUGAAAAUGUUGGGUGUUGGGACAUUAACACAAAUGCCAAUACCUGGUGGAUCAUUAGAGGCCCUGUAGUUCUGUCUAUUUUUGUUAAUUUCAUUCUCUUUGUCGACAUUUUAAGGAUCUUGAUGAGGAAGCUCAGCUCACCUGAAGGACGAAGCAGCGAUUUCAACCAGUACAAGAGACUUGCCAAGUCAACACUUCUCCUCAUCCCACUCUUUGGGGUUCACUACAUCAUCUUUGCUUUCUUCCCCGAAGACGCAAAUAGUGGCACAAUGGAAAUCCAGCUGUUUUUUGAGUUGGCUCUUGGAUCAUUCCAGGGUUUUGUCGUGGCUGUACUUUAUUGUUUUCUUAAUGGUGAGGUUCAGCUGGAAGUUCAGAGAAAAUGGAGACAGUGGCACUUAAGCAAACACCUGCGUCAGCAGCUCAGCACCUCAGCGAGUAACGGAGGAAGCGGCCUAACUCAAGAGAUGCAGGUGACCAAAGCGAGUCCACCAAAGGACAGGAAGGCAACUCCCCAAAGAUCAAGCAUGCUUUAACACUGCAUUCUUAAGGGACACCUCCAUGCUCAGAUACAUGUGGUUAAAUCUCAUGGACUGUGCUGGGAGCCUUGUAUAUAUAUCCCACAGUGCGACUUGGCUGUAGAUCAGCACUUCUUGAAGCACAUCUGUUUGUCUAUAUCCUGUGUAGCACCAGAGUUACUUUGCAAGGCAAAAUGGGCCAAAACGUUAUUCUCUUAUUUGGGUUUCUGACCAUAGUCAUUUAUGUUUCUGUCCACACUGAUAUUUUUAAGUUGCUAUUUGUACCUUAAAUGUAGCUCCU